AUGGAAGCUGCCUUGAUCCGCAUGUUGCUGGGAACAGCGUUCGUAGGCAUGCAGUUGUCCCCGUACGUAUUAGUAGUGGCAAAUGACGAGGACCUUUAUCAAACAGCUUUGGGAAGGGACCCCGGUAUAUGCGGUGCUUGGUAUAGAAAUCCUAACAAAACGGAAGAAAUUAUGCACUGCCUACUGAAAAAGGUAUCUACACCUGUGGAAGAAAAAUGGACAAACUAUAUGGAUGAUAAUUGUUUAACAAUAACCGAACUCGUAAGCGAAAUGUGCGACCUUAGAUCAAUAAUGCACAGCAGCUACUUCAACUAUGGGACAGAGAGUUUGACAAAAAAAUACAACGACGAAGCACAAAAUGCUGGUAUAGCAUGCACAGCAGACAUAACCGGAUGGACCAUCCAACCCCCACCCAUGACUGCACCUUCCCGAGGGCGAGGUCCACGCUGA